AAAAAAAUAUAAUCAGGGUUUCCUUUAUUUUCCUUCUUCAUCGACCCAACACCAUGCAUAUGCAACGUUAUUCAUCAGCAGCCAUGAAAAUGAUGAACUUCCAUCGCAACUUUCUUGCCCUCCAAACACCAACGAAUCCCCUUGUGACAAAUAAAGCUUGCGAUGUUUUCAUUAACCAUAGGGGCAUUGACACCAAGCGGACUAUAGCCACCUUGCUUUACGAUCACCUUUCUCGGUUAAACCUUCAACCUUUCUUGGAUAACAAGAAUAUGAAACCCGGCGAUAAGUUGUUCGACAACAUCGAUAACGCGAUAAAGAAUUGCAAGGUCGGCAUCACGGUUUUCUCGCCGAAUUACUGUAAGUCCUAUUUUUGCCUCCAUGAAUUGGCUCUUAUCAUGGAGUCGAAGAAGAAGGUAAUCCCGAUCUUUUGCGACAUUAAGCCUUCGCAACUUGCUCUUGUCAACAACGGAACUGUCCCGGACAAAGACUUGGAGAGGUUCAAAUUGGCUAUUGAGGAAGCGAAAAAUACUGUCGGGCUCACGUUCGACUCGUUAAAAGGGAAUUGGUCCGAUGUAGUGACGAGUGCUUCCGAGAUUGUGAUCGAAAGCUUGAUCGAGAUGAAAAGCGAAGAGAUAUGA